AUUCAGUACAUUUACCUUCAAGGAAGGCAACUCCCACUCCAAAUCUGAAUUUCUUAGAAUAUUCAUUUCGGGUUAACAUACAAAACAGACUCUCCUCUCAGACCAGCCUAGUAAUGUUGUUUCUCCACCUGGAAGAUCUGAUACCGGUCCGCUACUGAAUCUAUCAACACCUCCCCCUCCCCCGUCCGCCCCGGUCCACUUUUUUAGUCAAAAUGAGCAUAGACCGCCAGAGAACAGUUGAAUGUAACGGGCCAGAAAGGAAACAAGUACUCUCGGAAGGAUCUCAACUACAACGAUGCAUUCCUGUUCAGGACAAACUCGAAGAUAAAAGGCCGGGAUUCAAUAGAGUUACGUCUAGGAUUUCCGAGCCUGUUGUUGCAGCCUUUAUAGCUGGAGGCGCCGCGGGUGCGGUAUCAAGGACGAUUGUAUCACCUCUUGAACGCCUAAAAAUUCUCCUCCAAAUCCAGAGCAUUGGCAGAGAAGAGUACAAGUUAUCUAUAUGGAGGGCGUUAGUCAAAAUAGGAAGAGAAGAAGGCUGGAGAGGUUUUAUGCGCGGCAAUGGCACAAAUUGUAUCCGCAUCAUCCCCUACUCUGCGGUUCAAUUCGGAAGCUACAACUUCUACAAGAAAUUCGCAGAGACUUCACCAAAUACUGAAUUGUCACCGUUCCGCCGCCUCAUCUGUGGAGGUGCUGCUGGGAUCACCUCCGUGACUUUUACUUACCCUCUUGAUAUCGUCAGAACUCGACUCUCUAUUCAAUCAGCUUCUUUCUCGGCAAUAAGCCGUCGAGAAUCCGGCGAGUCAUUACCGGGAAUGUUCAGUACUAUGGUCUUGAUUUAUAAGAACGAAGGCGGAAUUGUGGCUCUCUAUCGCGGCAUCAUACCCACUGUUGCUGGAGUUGCACCAUAUGUCGGUCUCAAUUUCAUGACAUAUGAAUCUUUUCGCAAAUACUUGACCGCCGAAGGGGACACGACUCCAGGUCCACUGCGUAAAUUACUUGCCGGCGCUGUGUCCGGGGCGGUGGCACAAACAUGUACCUAUCCAUUCGAUGUACUUCGACGGCGUUUCCAAAUAAACACUAUGUCUGGAAUGGGCUACCAGUAUAAAUCCAUAACGGACGCUGUGAAGGUCAUUGUGGCCGCAGAAGGGUUUCGUGGUCUCUUCAAGGGGAUUGUGCCAAAUCUUCUUAAAGUAGCUCCUAGUAUGGCCAGUAGUUGGUACAGCUUUGAGCUGAUACGGGACUUUCUAGUUGAUUUGAAUGAGAGAUAGAUAACAGCCAAUGCCCUUUCCUGUUUCGUCAUCCCCCAAAUGGCCAUGUGAUCACUAGACAAAGCAUUAGAAAAAGGGCCCUAUAUACUGCCAUCAGGGAUAGUUACAAGGAACUAUUACAGAUUAAAGUUGAUUCAGGUUACUACUCACUUUCAUCCUUUUUGGAGAUGAGAUCACGGGUGAUAUCGCGACUAUAGUCUUG